UUUCCCAAUAACAGGCAGCGAGCGGAGGCCGGAGUCGGGGUCAUUUUGUGAUAGGAUUCGAAGUGCGUUCCUGAGACGCCGACUGGGGCCUCCCUUGUGGUUUGUGCUCUGAGGACCUUGACAACUCUGAGAGCGGUGCCCAACAACUGACACGUCUAUCUGUCCUGGACAGGUCAAAGUUUCUCCAUGCUUGGAUGAGUGCAGCUGGGCAGUAGUUACUGGUUGUGGCUUACUCUGAUGAACACGUCGACCCAACAUGUCCCAGUCAGAAGUGACCUAUCAUUGGGAACCUAUCAUGUUCAUCCACUGUAACCUGGCAACACUGAUAUUUGUGCUGACCCUUGAUCGUCAUGUUUAUACAAUCCUUGGAGGCCAUGAGGCUGUGCCACAUAGCAGACCAUACAUGGUGCUUUUGGAGAGGCACAUGUCAGAUGGUCGAAAGAAAUACUGUGCUGGAUUCCUUCUGAAUCAGGAUUUUGUAAUGACUGCUGCCCACGGCCAAGCUGAGUCCUACACUGCCUUACUAGGAGUUCACCAUGUGUAUCAUCAUAAUGAAAUACAGCGCAUAUCUGUGGAACAACCAUUUCCACAUAAAUACUUCAACCCAACCGCUUUUAAAAAUGAUGUAAUGCUUCUGAAGUUGAGCUCCAAGGCAAUCUUGAAUGAGAAUGUGAAACCUAUUCCUCUGGCAAGUCAUGAUGAUGGUACUUUGCCAAAAUCAUGUAUAGUCUCUGGCUGGGGACGAGCAGACAGGAAUAGUACAUAUAUGUCUCCCAAACUUAUGGAAACCAGCGUAACACUGAUUGACAAUAAGGAGUGCACCAUGGAAAACUUCUACUGCUCUCAGGGAGAGACUGGUCCAAGCGAGGGAGAUUCUGGUGGUCCAUUGGUCUGUGAAGAUGGAAAGGCAUACGGGGUGAUAUCCAGUGCAGUGUCACACUCAGGUGGCCCAGACAUCAUUAGAUUCACUAAAAUUCCUGAAUCCACUGAAACACAGCAUCAUGUUUGUAUUAGACCUGCUGAUUAGUCAGUUAAUGUGGAAGCUGCAGAAAUGAAAACAAUCUAAGAAGUACCACGUCUUAAUGCAAAAUUAAGAAAAAAUCUAUAAUCUAAAAUAAAACAUUGAUUCUCAGGUUAACUAACAAUUAAAUUAACAAUCUCUUGUUGCAUUACUUUCUACAGUUUUUGGAUAGUUCUGGGUCUUUGUUUUUUAAAUGUUACCUUUACAACUGAUUUCAUAUCUGCAGAUGUUUGAAAUCUGAAUUUUGUUCAGUGAAUUUAAUAUUUUAUCUCAUUAUUGUUCUGUUCUUCAUAUGUAUUAAAGAGAUUCUUCAAUCUAAUGAGAAAAUAAAAUCCUCUAACUUUGUUUUAUCUCAUAUUGUGUAAAAAUAAACCUUUCGUACCUGUUUAUACAUUUCUCUUUUUUAGCAUUAAUUAAAAUCAUUUGUAUAAUGACCUCUUUGUGACUGUUUGUAUUUACUUUUUCAAUUUAAACUGAACAGAGUCUGAAGAAUAAUGUAAAUGUUCACUUUUUUAUAGCACACCAUUAAAAAAAAG